AAUUUUGUCCCUUAUCUGACACUGUUUAUUUUUAGUACCUACAUGAAAAAUUAUUUAGAAAUUUGUCCUUACUAUUUAUCAAAGUUAUAAAGAUGUAAGAGUUUCUUUUCAUAUAGGGACCAAAAUGAAAAUGACGUGUCAAGUAUAGUGACCAAAAUGUAGUUUUUUUUAAUGUAGGGACCAAAUUGAAGUGUGAAUUUUUGUCAAAUAGGAACUAAAGUGAAAAAUAUUAUCAAGAAUAGGGCCCAAAUCUAAAAUGUUAUAACUUUGGCAAAUUUUUUCAUGGAGGGACUAAAAUGUAGAUUUUUUUUCAUGUAGGAACUAAAAUGAAAAAAAAAAUGUUAGGUGUAGGGACCAAAUCUUUAAUGUAACCUUUUUUCUAAUGAAAAAACUAUAUGUUUAUAAAUUCUCAAAACAUUGUCAUAUUGUAGAACAAAGUAAAAUUAUCCAUACAACGAUACAAGUCAGUGCUUUUUGGUUGUCUUCCCCCUAAUCUCUAUGCAUGGUAUAUUUUACAAAAGCCAUUGUUGAUUAACUUUAUGUUGGUAACACAUUGGUUUUGUUGGAUCAUCUGUGUGUGAAUGAGGGUAUCUGUCAAUGCUAUAAAAAUAUUGUUGGAAUAUGUUCAUUGGCUUAUUGCUUUAUCUUACUGCUUUAUGGUGAUGAAUGUUGGGCUUUAAAGGGACAACAAAGAAAAACCUAAAUGAAUAUGUUAAGAUAGAUGUGUGGUCAUAGAAGAAAUGACAGAAUACAAAAUGUUUGUAUGUGGAGAAAUAUUGAUGUGAUACCUAUUGAGGAAAAGAUGACAAAAUAUCAGUUGAAGUAGUUUUGGACAGGUGAAAAGAAGGACAUUGGAGGCACUUUGUUGCAUGGUUUUGCACCCUAUUAAAAGGAGUAGAGACCAAAAAUGACAUUGGAGGAAUUUAAUAUGGUGAAUAGUAUCCCUGAGAAUUUGGUUUUUUACCGAGACCAAUGGUGACAUGUAAUCAUGGGGAUUUGUGGACUCUCAUUCGCAAACAAGGGACGUCUUCUUCGCAUUGUUGGACAUAAUGGGGUAGCAUACGGGGUUAAUACUGAAACAGGAGAGCUUUUAAAGGAAUUUAAAAUCACAAAAAAGUCUAUUACUUCUCUGGCUUUCUCGAAUGAUGAAAAAUAUUUAGCUAUUGUCAGCUCUAGACCACGGGUUAUAAGCUGGGAAAUUGGGGAAGAGAUUCUGAAGUUCCCUAAUGAUUUGGGAAAUGUAGAGCACAUUUCUAUAUCGAGUGAUGCCAAAAAUUUAGUUACAUCAGAUUUUGAGGGUAAACAUCUUCAAGUUUGGAAGUGUGAUUUAAAUUCGGGAAAUCUGUGUAGAGGUCCUACACUUCCCAUAAGACAUCCUCCAUUAGUUUUGGACUGCCACAGUGGUUGCAAUAAAGAAGAUGUAGUUGUUUUGGCAGUUACUGGUAGAGGUUCAGCUUAUGUAUGGAAUUUGAGUGCUUCCUCCAAAGAUCAGAUACAGCCAACUAAAUUGACUACGGAGACUAAAAUAGUUGAAACAGACAAGGAAAAUGGUGUAAGUUCAAAGAAAAGGCACACCUUGAUUAUUGCAUCCAGAUUACAACCAGUAGAGGAAAAUAAACAGAUGAAAGCUCUUGUGACUUAUGGAUCUGUAGAUCAUCCACAGUUUAGUAUCUUAAAUAUUAGCAAUUCAGGGGAGAAUAUAGUAUUAUAUGUUGGAGAUGAGACUGAUUCUGUUCAGCAGCAUGACAGUCCUUCUGGCAAAGCAAUACCAAUGGAAAUUAAGAAAGCUAAGAAAAGACAGGCAACAUCUGAUCCUGAUCUUCCAACCACAACUAACGAGGUGGAUUUAGCAUUUAAUGUAGAUCAACAUGAGGCUGCAGAAGGAGUCCUUCUUGAUGAUGAUUUGAACGAGCCAACAAUGGGAGAGAAACUUGCUAGUCUAAGUGUUCUGGAUGGGAACAAAUCAAGGAGUGAUACAGAGCAAGAAUCUUCUGUCCCAGCAAAGCCUCCAAGUGCAGACUCUGUACAUGUUUUGCUUAAGCAAGCAUUAAAUGCUGAUGAUCGCACCCUUCUGCUAGAUUGCUUGUUUACACAAGAUGAGAAGGUUAUUAGAAAGUCAAUUGCACAGUUGAACCCAUCCAACGUCCUCAAACUUCUAUACUCUCUCAUAUCUAUUAUUGAAUCUAGGGGUUCAAUUUUGGUAUGUGCUCUUCCAUGGUUGAAGUGUCUACUUCUACAGCAUGCCAGCGGAAUAAUGUCCCAGGAAUCUUCAUUAAAAGCUUUGAACUCUUUGUAUCAACUGAUUGAGUCUAGAGUCUCCACUUUUAAAUCUGCCAUCCAACUCUCAAGUUGUUUAGACACGCUUCGCAUAGGGUGGUUACUUUUGGAACAGGCUAUUGACGAGGAGGAAGAUGAAGGUGAAAUGGUGCCAGUUAUCUAUGAGGAUAAGGAUACUGAUGAUGAUGAAGAAUCUGAUGAUGCCAUGGAAGAUAACACAGAUGAACAACAACCAGAAGAACAGUUUCAUGCUGCCAGAUACAUUGAUGCAAAUGAAGAUAUGUGAGAUUGAUAUGGUGUUUUUGUUCUUUUCAAAAUUUGUCAUAACGUGAUUGACAAUGAUGCAUGUGAUUGAGUUGGCAGCGUCUAAUGUAUUCGUUACAAUAUCUUGGAAGCUCCAUGUUGAUAUAACUAACACUUUCACACUCAAGUAUUCCAAUGUUUAGUCUUUCACUUUUUUACUACCA